AUGGCGUCGCCACCAUCUGACACAAACUCGCUGCCGUCAAUAAGGUCCCAAUUCAGGGAACAGCUCACCAAUGGCCCGGGCGGCCCUGAUCGGCGACCAAGCGAUCCCCGAUCACCGUCAGGGAUUGGUUUGGGAGCCAGGCUAAAUAGUAUCCAGAGCUCGCACGGCUCGCCACCGGUCACACCCGAUGAGGUGUUCAGAGCUGGCAUUCCCUCUCCAGCGAGCUCUGCUCCUGCACGAAGCCCUUUUCCUUUCUCGCCGCCCGCGCUGAGCAUGAACCAUGGCAUCACGGGAGGCUAUGCCGCGAGUCACAGCGGCGAGGUGCGGCACUUUGACCGAUCUCCACCCGCUCAGCCUGUCAUCGACAGGAUGAGUAUAGACAGCAUGACCAACCCGCCCUCGGGAUUUGUCUGUUCCUUCUCCGGCUGCACGGCCGCUCCAUUUCAAACGCAGUACCUCCUGAACUCGCACGCAAACGUGCACUCGUCGGCCCGCCCUCACUAUUGUCCCGUUAAAGGAUGCCCCAGAGCCGAAGGUGGCAAAGGGUUCAAGCGCAAAAAUGAGAUGAUUCGUCAUGGUCUUGUCCAUGAAUCACCCGGCUACGUUUGUCCAUUCUGUCCCGACCGAGAACACAAAUACCCACGACCAGACAACUUGCAGCGGCACGUUCGUGUUCAUCACGUUGAUAAAGACAAAGACGAUGCCCUUCUGCGAGACGUACUCGCGCAACGACCAGACGGCCCAAAUCGAGGACGGAGGCGCCGAGGCGGGCCCUAA